AUGAACAGCAUCGCCAAAAGCCUGUUGAAAUCGGUUAAACACGGCCCAGAUGCGUGGCUGAGAAGCUGCUCUGCUCACUCUGGGAAACGGCACCUUCGGAAGCUGGUUCUGGGGAUAGAGACGAGCUGCGAUGACACGGGCGCUGCUGUGGUGGACGAUGCCGGCAACGUUCUGGGAGAAGCGCUGCGCUGUCAGAAGGAAGUCCAUUUACAAGCAGGUGGAAUAAUUCCUGUGGUGGCACAGCAGCUUCACAGAGAAAACAUCGAGCAAGUAGUAAAAGAGGCGCUUAGUGUCAGUGGAGUCUCUGUCCGUGAGCUUGCAGCUAUUGCAACUACAGUAAAACCAGGACUCGCACUGAGCCUUGGCGUGGGGCUGCAGUACAGCUCGGACUUGGUGAACACGUACCAGAAGCCGUUCAUACCCAUUCAUCACAUGGAGGCUCAUGCACUGACCGUCAGACUCACGCAUCACCUGGACUUUCCCUUCUUAGUUCUUUUACUCUCUGGAGGCCACUGCAUCUUGGCAGUAGCACAAGGAGUUUCAGAUUUCCUUCUGCUUGGACAGUCCAUAGACAUAGCACCGGGUGACAUGCUGGAUAAGGUAGCAAGAAGACUGUCUUUAAGAAAGCACCCCGAGUGCCACGGCAUGGCUGGGGGGAAGGCGAUAGAGCACUUGGCUCAGACUGGAAACCGGCAACAGCACACUUUCAGGCUUCCCAUGCAACAAUAUCGUAACUGUGAUUUUUCUUUUUCUGGACUUCAGACCUGUGUCAAUAAAGCCAUUAUACAAAAAGAAGAAGAAGAAGGUAUUGGAGAAGGUGAGAUCCUCUCCUGCGUUAAAGAUAUUGCUGCUGCCGUGCAGCACGCAGUGGCCGUUCAUAUUAUCCAGCGGACAUAUCGAGCCAUGCUGUUCUGCUUAAAAAAUAACAUAUUAUCAUCAAAAAAUGCAACUUUGGUUGUAUCAGGAGGAGUUGCAAGUAAUCAGUAUAUCCGGAAAGGUCUACAGACUUUGGCAGAUGCAAAUGAUUUUGGUUUUCUGUGUCCUCCUCCAAGACUGUGCACUGAUAAUGGUGUUAUGAUUGCAUGGAAUGGCAUUGAAAGGUUACGUGCAGGACUUGGUGUUUUACAUAGUACUGACGGCAUCUGCUAUGAACCAAAAGCUCCCCUUGGAAUUGAUAUUUCUAAAAGAGUUGAAGAAGAUUCCAUCAAGGUGCCAAAACUAAAAAAGAAGAUACAAUGGCUGGCAUCUUAAAAAGUUUCUAAGUAAAUGCACUUAUAUAUUGUUGAAUAAAAACUGUUUCAACACUGUUACAUUUACUGACAGUACUUGGUUUACAAGUGUUGAAAAUCACCUGUCAGAGAUAUAAAUGUGGUGUGGUAUCACCAAAAGGAUUCCAGUUACUGUUCCACAACUGUCUAAGAGUUCUAGGUAUAAAAACAGUAACAAAAGAAAAAAAAUUAAAAGUGCACGUCCUAAUAAAUGUAAACUUACACAAA